AAAUUGGAUUUCUCAAAGAAACAUUAUCACAACCCAUACUUGACUUAUAAGAAAGAGAUACAGUAUAGAUAGGUUUUAUUAUAGUCCCUUAAGUUUCAUGUCAGUCAAACGUUAUAGAUGAAACAAAGAAUUAUCUCGACCCUUUCUCUCUCUAACCCCCAAUCUUGUCUUACACCGCCUCCACCGCCCUUCUAUUUCUCAGCCCCUGCUCGCCGGCGAGUGGCGCGCUCCGCCUAGUCGUCGCUUGCGAGCCCAGCCUUGAUGUCUCUUUCGUUUUUUGCUUUAAUUUUCUGUUCUACCUUUUAAUUUUCACCUUUUGGUCAGUUGGUGUGAAUUUGGGGGUCCUCUUCGGUCGUGGUUGUGUGUAAGUGGUUCACCGUCGAGUGUUUUUCGGCUUGCUUCUACAAAUCAAGAACCAAAGGCUAGCUUUAACGCCGUCGUUGAAAGGAAUUUCGUUAAUUAAUUCUCGACGGUAAAGGUGAAGUUAAGGUUAGGGUUCCCUCGCGUAUCCAAGGUUUGGUUCAGUGAGGGGUUCUUGUGUUGUCGUGGACGGUUGGUCGUGGUGUAGGGUGGGGUUGCUACCGUUGAGGUUUUUCAGGUUUUCUAGGCCUUCUCCUCUGAUGUUUCACCAUUUUGUAUGCUUGUUCUUUUAAUUGUUAUUAGUUUUGUUUUAGUUCAGUUAUGAUGUUUUUGUAUAAGUUGUAUGUUUUGUUGCUUGGGUUGUUGUUACUUAACAAUUCUCUUUCUCUGCUUAGUCUUGAGUUAGAGUAUCAUAGACUAGUUCAUGUUUUGGAAGUUAUCGAAGUGUUGUAAUGGUCUUUGGAGCCUAGUUGGUGGGUUAUGAGGGUUGUAAGAUUAAGUAAACCCUUUUACGUUAGGUGAAUGGUCCCAAUAGUAGUCUUGUCGGGAUGUGAAGGUGUUCCCCUGGUAGUUGAAAUAGUUACCCAGGGGGAAAAGUUAUUUGCGCAAUUGGAUAGUUUUCCCUGCUUAUGGAGUUUGCAGGAGGAGGGUGGUUUUAAGGGAGGAGUUUGGUUUGCAGGUCUUGUUGCUCGCUUGUGGGAUGAUUAGGGCAUUUAAUCAAUUGCUAUCAUCCCUUGGUUAGUUUGGGUGAUGAUGACAAGGUAAGUCAUCACUGUUAAACAAUAUCUUGAAGGAGGCUACCUAUCUUUAAUGCUUGGGUUAAGCAAAGUCCUCCAUUUUCUUGCAUUCUCCGUUGCUAGAACUGCAAGAGGAGAACCUGCAUUUGGAUGCACGGUUUCUCAUAGAGUCAUUGAGGUAUAUGACUCUAUAGGUUUUGUUCCCUGACUCCUAGGAGGUAGUUAUGUUUUUCGUUCCAUAAGAUUGGAAUGGUGUCACAAGUACGUUCCUCAGCAACAGGGUGCAUUCUUCAGGUUCUUCCGUCUCUCUACUGUUUCCAUCACGAGUUCCCUUCGCUUUCAGUGCCAGCUCGGGUUCUCUUCAACAUAGACGGAUCCAGGGGGGCCUACCCGGGCCUUGGCCCCCCCAAUGCCCAGAUUUUGAUAUUAUAUAAAUAAAAAAUCUUGUAUAAGUAUUCAAGUUUUAUAGUUGGCUUAGUUGGUUAGUUACUUGUUUCAUAGAUUGGGAAGGUUAAUGGUUCAAUUCCCCUUAUUUGCACAUUUUUUUUAGUGUGGAUCUCUUAAACUCAUAUCCAUUUAUGGCUUUAUUAUUUGAAAUGCUUUAUAACUUCGACCCGGCUGUAAAAAAUUUCUGGAUCCGCCCUUGCUCUUCAAUAUUAGUGUUCUGCGCUUUUAGUCCAUCUCGACUGCUUCGGUUCAUUUGGUUUCUCUUAGUUCACAUUUUGGAUGUAGUUCGGUUCUUAUGGUUUGUCUGGGCUCCACAGUUAUUGGUUUGUUGCAAGACUACUUCAAUAUUUGGUUCUCUUCGAUCUUCCUGUAAUGGUGCUUAGUGUGCGUAGGAUGUUAAGUGUUUUUUGUUUUAGUUAGUAUUUGGUUGUAAUUAUGCUUUUCUUUAAUAGUAUCUUUUGUUUAAAAAAAAAAAAAAAAAAAUGUCAGUCAAAGUGUUCGUUUAAAAUUCAAAUCCGAUGAACGCUACAAGAAUACUCAUCAUCAAUCAUUAGAACUACCCUGUGAACAAGGUGCGUGUAAAAUUCUAUCCAGCUGCACUAGCACAAUCUUGCCAAAUGGAACUAGAAAUGCUAUGUGUCAUCAUCUUCUUCCUCCCAAAAGCCUUCUAAACUUUACCAUCCACCACCUAAGAUUUAUUCACUCAAACAUCGAGUUUAAUUUCCAAGAUAAAUCAUUUCCCAACAAAGUUUAGUGUUUAAUAUUGUAGUAACUAAUUCAAUAAUUAGCAAAAUGAGUCAAAAACAGCCUCAAAGAGAUAAGGAAGAACAGCAGCAACAAGGCCAAGGCGCGAAGCCUGUAAGAUACGGCGAUGUAUUCCCGGUGGCAGGGGAGUUGGCCUCAAAGCCAACAGCACCAAGAGAUGCUGCGAUGAUGCAGACUGCUGAAAACGCGGUAUUCGGGCAGACUCAGAAGGGUGGUCCUGCUGCCACCAUGCAGUCUGCUGCCACUGUUAAUGAAAGAGCUGGUGUUGUUAGCCAUGCUACCGCCUCGGAUCUGGCUGCGCAGCAGGGUGUUACUGUCACUGAAACUUCUGUUCCUGGUGCUGUUGUUAUUACCGAGUCUAUUGGUGGACAGGUUGUAGGGCAAACAAUACAAUCUAGGCCGUUAGUGCAAGGUGAACAAGGGAGUCUAAUACAAGGACGGAAUAGUGCGACCGUUAAGGUUACCAUAGGUGAAGCUUUAGAAGCGGUUGCACUAACAGCCGGAGACAAACCAGUGGAGCAAAGCGAUGCCUCGGCUAUCCAAGCAGCCGAGGUUAGGGCCACUGGCAACAAUGUGGUGGUGCCUGGUGGGGUGGCUUCUGCCGCUCAGGCUGCCGCUUCUAUAAAUGCUCAGACGAUUCGUGACGAAGACAAAGUCAAGUUAGGCGAUGUUCUGACGAAUGCAACCAUGAAGCUGCCAGCUGAUAAGGAAGCGACGAGGCAUGAUGCUGAAGGAGUGGUGAGUGCCGAACUGAGGAACAACCCAAAUGUAGCAACCCGCCCAGGUGGCGUUGCAGCAUCAGUGGCUGCAGCUGCCAGGCUCAACGAGGGCAAUAAUCCAUGAUGUAUCAAGAGUAGUAUCCAAAAUAUAUUUCAUGUAUUAUCAAGAGCAUGAUCGAUGUAUUUUGUAUGGCUUGCAUGCCAUUGAAUUGCCUAAUAAGUUUCUUAUCUAACUAUUUGGGUGAAUUUGUUUUGGUCAUCAA